AUGGCGUGCGCGGUGCUGGUGCUGUGCGUGGGCUGUGCCGUCGCCGUGGACGAGCAGGGGGCGGCGCUGCUGGCGUGGAAGGCCACACUGCGCGGCGGCGAUGCGCUGGCCGACUGGAAGCCGACCGACGCGUCGCCGUGCCGGUGGACGGGCGUGACGUGCAACGCGGACGGGGGCGUCACGGAGCUGAGCCUGCAGUACGUCGACCUGUUCGGCGGCGUGCCGGCGAACCUGACCGCCCUGGGCUCCACGCUGUCCCGGCUCGUCCUUACCGGCGCGAACCUGACGGGGGCCAUACCGCCGGAGCUCGGCGAGCUGCCGGCGCUGGCACACCUCGAUCUCAGCAACAAUGCGCUCACGGGGCCAAUACCGGCGGGGCUGUGCCGGCCGGGGAGCAAGCUCGAGACGCUGUACCUCAACUCCAACCGCCUGGAGGGCGCCCUGCCGGACGCCAUCGGUAACCUCACCUCUCCGGGAGCCUCAUCAUCUACGACAACCAGCUCGCCGGCAAGAUACCGGCGGCCAUCGGCCGGAUGGCCAGCCUUGAGGUGCUCCGUGGCGGCGGGAACAAGAACCUCCAGGGCGCUCUUCCUACCGAGGUCGGCAAUUGCUCCCCAGCUCACCAUGAUCGGCCUCGCCGAGACUAGCAUCAACGGGCCGCUGCCGGCGAGCCUCGGCCGGCUCAAGAACCUCACCACGCUGGCCAUUUACACGGCGCUGCUCUCCGGCCCGAUACCGCCGGAGCUCGGCCAGUGCACAAGCCUGGAGAACAUCUACCUCUACGAGAACGCGCUGUCCGGGUCCAUCCCGGCGCAGCUCGGCAGGCUCAAGAGGCUCACCAACCUGCUGUUGUGGCAGAACCAGCUCGUCGGCAUCAUCCCGCCGGAGCUCGGGUCGUGCCCCGGGCUCACCGUCGUCGACCUGUCGCUCAACGGACUCACCGGCCACAUCCCGGUGUCUUUCGGCAACCUGCCGGCGCUGCAGCAGCUGCAGCUUAGCGUGAACAAACUCUCCGGCACGGUGCCGCCUGAGCUCGCCCGGUGCAGCAACCUCACUGACCUCGAGCUCGACAACAACCAGCUAACCGGCAGCAUUCCUGCCGUGCUCGGUGGCCUCCCGUCGCUGCGCAUGCUCUACCUCUGGGCCAACCAGCUGACGGGCACGAUCCCGCCGGAGCUCGGCCGGUGCACGAGCCUCGAGGCGCUCGACCUGUCGAACAACGCGCUGACCGGCCCCAUCCCGCAGUCCCUCUUUGCUCUGCCACGGCUUUCCAAGCUACUGCUCAUCAACAACAACUUGUCCGGCGAGUUGCCGCCGGAGAUUGGCAACUGCACGACUUGCUCUCUCCAGUACCUCGACCUCUCCUACAACGUCAUCGGAGGCACUCUCCCGUCGGACAUCGGCAUGCUCACCUCGCUGACGAAGCUCAUCCUCAGCGGCAACCGGCUGUCAGGAUUCCGGGCUGAGAUUGCUCUCAACCUCAGCUGCAACAGCUUCACCGGCACAGUCCCGGCAGAGUUCACCAGGCUUGUCAGGCUCGGGGUGCUCGACGUGUCGCAUAACCAGCUGUCCGGCGAUCUCCAGACCCCGUCCGGGCUCCAGAACCUCGUGGCGCUCAACAUAUCCUUCAACGGCUUCACGGGCCGGCUGCCGGAGACGGCGUUCUUCGCAAAGCUACCGGCGAGCGACGUCGAGGGCAACCCGGCGCUGUGCCUCUCCUGGGUGCGCGGGCGACGCUGGCGACCGCGAGCGCGACGCGCGCCAAGCGGCGCGCACGGCGAUGGCCGUGCUGCUCUCCGCCCUCGUCGUCCUCCCCGUGUCCGCGGCGCUCGUCCUCGUCCUCGUCGGCGGCACCAGCGCCGCGCGCGCCGGCUGGGAGAAGGACGGCAGAUGUUCCGCCAUGGAACGGUGGUCCGGCUCGGUGUACCGCGCGAGCCUCCCGUCGAGCGGCGUGACCGUCGCCGUGAAGAAGUUCCAGUGGUGCGACGCGGCGUCCGCGGAAGCGUUCGCCUGCGAGGUGAGCGUGCUCCCCGGGUGCGCCACCGCAACGUCGUCCGGCUGCUGGGGUGGGCGGCCAACCGCCGCACGCGCCUCCUGUUCUACGACUACCUCCCGAACGGCACCUCGGCGACCUUCUCCACGGCGGCGGCGCACGGGCGGCGGCGGCACGGCGGCGCCGCCGUGGUCGAGUGGGAGGUGCGGCUCGCGAUCGCCGUCGAGUACGGCUGCAUGACCAAGAUCACGACGAAGAGCGACGAUGUACAGCUUCGGCGUGGUGCUGCUGGAGAUGAUCACGGGGCGGCGGCCGCUGGACCACCGUUCGGCGAGGGGCAGAGCGUGGUGCAGUGGGUGCGCGACCAUCUCUGCCGGAAGCGGGAGCCCCUGAGAUCAUCGACGCGAGGCUGCAGGGGCCGGCCGGACACGCAGGUCCAGGAGAUGCUGCAGGCGCUGGGCAUCGCGCUGCUCUGCGCCAGCCCGCGGCCCGGAGGACCGGCCGAUGAUGAAGGACGUGGCGGCGCUGCUGCGUGGCAUCCAACACGACGACAGCAGCAUCGAGGCGCGGAAAGCUGGAGGCGGAGGAGCGGAGGCCGAGGCCGCCGGGGCGAGAAGUGGGCCGACCUGAAGCAGCCCAUUUCUCCGACCAAAUUGAUGGCUCCUCACGCCCAACCAGCCCAGGGCCAGGCUCAGGGCCGGACAAGUUCUGGGUCUCAAAGCCUGCUCAAGAACAGGGAGUGA